UUGUAGUAUACGCUUUUCAUUUAUCAGAGUAAUUCAUUAUGAGUUUUAAUAACAAAGUUAUUUUAAUAACUGGCGCUGGUUCUGGAAUUGGAGCAGCAACAGCGAAAGCAUUUGCAGAAAAAUCAGCUAAAUUAUCAUUAAUCGAUAUAAACGAACAGAAUUUAGAAAUAACUGCUGAAGCUUGUAAAGCGAAGAAAGUCGAAGUACUAAAUGUAGCAGCUGAUCUAACUAAAGACGAAGAUGUUAAACGAUCCAUAGACAGUACUGUGAGAAAAUUUGGUAAAAUAGAUAUAGUUGUAAACUGCGCAGGUAUCUGUGGUUCAGGAAGUAUCUUAGAUCCUGAUUUAUUAAAGAAAUUCGAUGAAACAAUAGCUAUAAAUCUAAGAACAACAAUUGCCAUAACUAAUGCAGUAGCUCCAAAAUUGAUUGAAACUAAAGGUAAUAUUAUAAAUAUAUCUAGUGUAUGUGCUACUUUAACAACUAAAUAUAUGAUACCUUAUAAUGUAGCUAAAGCAGGUUUAACACAUUUCACGAAAUCUGCAGCUUUGGAAUUAGCAGAUAAAGGAGUUAGAGUGAAUUGUAUAUCACCAGGAUAUGUGAAGACUCCGUUUAUGUUGAAUUCUGGUGUAAGUGAUGCUUAUAUAGAUGCAGCAUUGAUAGCUUGUGCUCAUAUUGUUCCUUUAAAGCGUGUACUAGAGCCAGAAGAAAUAGCUGAAUUAGCUUUGUUCUUAGCCAGUGAUAAGGCAAGUGGUAUAACGGGUUCGGAUUACGCGAUCGAUGGAGGAGUAUUACUGACAGGUCUCAAUGCUUUAUCUGAACAUAAAUUUUACUAA